AAGAGAAACUCGAGAUUUUCCAACAACCACAACCCACAACGCAUAAACCAAACAAGAGAUUGAAAAUUUCUGGAGCAAGAGAGAGAGAGAUGGAGGUGAAGAAAGCAGGGGCGUCGUUGGAUUCGGUGAUCUCAGGGUUCAACCGUCGGAUCGCGGAGCUUCAAGACCUCGUUAUUGCGCGAAACAUGUAUCCGGCGAGCAGCGUCACCGAUUUGUCGGCCGUUGACGCCGCAGUGAAGGCCAUGGAGCUUCAGGUUCAGGCCAUCAAGGACCGCCUACGCGACGAAACCCUAGCCAUCCCCAAAGCCAAAAAACUCAUCGAUGCGGCGGUGAAGCAGCAAAAGAAAUUGCAGGACCUGUCAAUUUAUGUGCCCUCACAUAUUCCUGAAAGAAUGUCUAUGUUGGGUUUGGAUACUAAUAGAUGUUUAUUCCCAGAAGGCUCUCAACAAAACACCGCUUUCGGGUCGUUGAAGCUUGAGGAGGUGCCCGUAGCACUACCUAAGGAGAAAAAGGGUCGUUCCACUCCACCACUGUGGUUCAUAACUGCUGAAGAGCUGGAUUCCCUGUCAGGAUACAUGAGAGGAAGGCUUACUGUAGAAAAGAUCAAUGCAGCUAUUAAUGACAUGGCAACAUAUGCUGAAGCAAAUUCUCAGCUUAUAUCUGCCCCGAAGAAGAGGGUGGCAGGAGAUAGUUGGGAAAAGGCCCUGGAACUGAGAGAUAUUGCAAUGACAGAAGCAGUAAAGGGAAAACACUUCUUUCUCGAAACGGACAUGAAAGGACCAGCCUUGAAGCCUGACAACACUGGAAAAGCAAUACUAACUGUCCUUCGUCACCUUGGUCGUGUAAGCGAGACACGGAUUGGGCCUCAUCGAGUGAUCAUUCUUUUGAAGCGUCAUUGACAGGGCCUGCUUUUUCAAAGAACUGGCGGUUUGGUUCUUAAUCUGUUUCAAGUUUGAACAAAACUGCAAGUUCUUACAUUGCAUCCAAGUUAAUUCUGGCCUAACAAUGUGCGGAACCUUGGAAAUGGCAAGAAGCCGAUAAGCUUUUUAGGCUGUGCUCAAUUGGUUAAACUUAUUUUUGAUAGUUAUGAAAAUGUUGGCUAUUGGAGCUUUUUGUGAAGAUCUUUCAUUGAUCUUGACAUUACCAACAAUGUAUUUCAUUCUUGAUCUCAUGAUAUAUACAAAGGUGAAGGAAAGG